GGAGAGCACAGCCACGUGGGUGGAGCUGGAGCGCAGCUCGCAUGGGGGAGUCUAUCCCGCUGGCCGCCCCGGUCCCGGUGGAACAGGCUGUGCUGGAGACGUUCUUCUCUCACCUGGGUAUCUUCUCUUACGACAAGGCCAAGGACAAUGUGGAGAAGGAACGAGAGGCCAACAAGAGCGCGGGGGGCAGCUGGCUGUCGCUGCUGGCGGCCUUGGCCCACCUGGCCGCGGCCGAGAAGGUCUAUCACAGCCUCACCUACCUGGGGCAGAAACUAGGGGGCCAGUCUUUCUUCAGCAGGAAGGACUCCAUUCGCACCAUCUAUACUUCCCUGCAUAAUGAGCUGAAGAAGGUGGUGACUGGCCGUGGUGCCCUGGGUGGGAAUGCUCCUCACGUGGAAGAACUCCUUUCCCACCUGUCAGAGCAGCUCUGCUUCUUCGUUCAGGCUCGGAUGGAGAUCGCAGACUUCUAUGAGAAGAUGUAUACCCUCAGCACACAGAAGUUCAUCAAUGCUGAAGAGCUCGUUGGCCUCUUGGACACCAUCCUCAAGAAAUACAGCUCUAGAUUUCACCACCCAAUCCUCAGUCCUUUGGAAAGCAGUUUCCAGCUGGAAGUGGAUGUCCUGAGUCACCUCCUGAAGGCCCAGGCUCAGGUGUCAGAGUGGAAGUUCCUGCCAUCGCUGGUUAACUUGCACAGUGCACACACCAAGCUGCAGACGUGGGGCCAGAUCUUUGAAAAGCAGCGGGAGACCAAGAAACAUCUGUUUGGAGGGCAGUCUCAGAAGGCUGUUCAGCCCCCACACCUUUUCCUUUGGCUGAUGAAACUCAAAAACAUGCUUCUUGCCAAAUUUAGCUUUUACUUUCAUGAGGCUCUGAGCCGACAAACGACUGCUUCAGAAAUGAAAACGUUGACUGCAAAAGCCAACCCAGACCUGUUUGGAAAGAUUUCCAGCUUCAUCAGGAAGUAUGAUGCUGCCAAUGUGUCUUUAAUCUUUGACAACCGAGGGUCUGAGAGCUUUCAGGGUCAUGGCUAUCACCACCCCCAUUCCUACAGAGAGGCCCCUAAGGGUGUGGACCAGUAUCCAGCCGUGGUCUCUCUGCCCAGCGACAGGCCAGUCAUGCACUGGCCCAAUGUCAUCAUGAUCAUGACAGACCGCACGUCCGACCUGAACAGCUUGGAGAAAGUGGUUCACUUCUAUGAUGACAAAGUUCAGAGCACCUACUUCCUGACCCGCCCAGAGCCUCACUUCACCAUCGUUGUCAUUUUUGAGUCAAAGAAAUCUGAAAGAGACUCCCACUUUAUUUCCUUCCUUAAUGAGCUCUCACUUGCCCUUAAGAACCCCAAAAUUUUUGCAAGUUUGAAACCUGGAUCCAAAGGUUAGCAGAUUAUUUGUGUGAAAGGUUUUCAAGAUAAGAAAUUGUGUUCUUAAUUGCUCUAGUUAUCUACAGUCGUCUGUGAUUAGAGUUUUGAUCCAUUCAUGCUUCUUUCAGACCUAAAUUAAAGACAAAUCAUCCCUAAUUAUGUUGCACACUUUAUAUGCAAUUAAGGCCAAUUGAAUAAAGUAUCCAAAGAGGAAUCUAGGAAGUGAUCAUGGCUACUGUGUAUCUCCAUGAGAGAGCAAAGUACUCCCAGUAUUUUCUCCUAUUUUUCCUGUAUUUCAUGUAGACUACAUAUUUAUUGGGCUUUGAUGUUUCUUUCCAGAUGUUUUAUAUUCCAAGCAUUGUGUUCUAAUGCCAUUCCACAUGCCCUCUCUCUUCCCCUCUUAGCUGGAGGAGUCAUUGAGAUAAGAUGUUAAAUGGCCUUUUUUAGAAUUAGGACUGGGUGUUUCCUAUCUCGUAAACUAACCAGUUAACAUAAAGUUAUGUUCUAUUAUUCUGAUCUCUAAAUGAAUACUUUUGAUGCCAAAAUUAAAGUCUUGGUGAGAAAUUUCUACUACUUAUUAAAGUUGAAUGUAAAUCAGAAUAGUAGGAUAAACAUCAGGUUUUAACAGCUCAGAAGCCCGUAAGGCAGCUUUAAUAGCCAUGGGUCCUUUUGGGAAAAUCUACACACCUAACUGCAUUUGUUUGUACCCUUGUAUAUUUUGAAUUUUUCAUGCUUUUAAAGUCAGCAUAUGCCAUUAUGUGGGAUUCUUCACUCUUCAGCAUAUUAUCUGCUUGGCUUUCUGUUUAUCACCUUUCUGCUGAAAUGUAUGUUCAUGUUUGGCUCCAUCCCUGGUUAUUUUUAGGCUGAAAAAACAUGCACUCUGGGUUUUUCAGACACUCUUAUUCAUUCAUGCCACUCAGCCCACUUUCAUAAAAAUCAAAAUAGAAUCACUGCACUGGCUAAAAAUCAAUUGUGCAUUCAAAAGACCUCUUCAUAGUUGCAUAAUCAACUUAAGCACAUCUGAACUUGGGAUUCAUGCCUAUCUCCUCCAAAUAUUUUUAGAAGUAUUGCUACAUCUUAACACAUGCUACCUUACCUCUUUUCUUCAGUGGGCGUUCAUGAGGAAGAAGGCAUUAAGGUGGAGACCUUUACUUCUAGCUUAUUGAUUCAGAAUAAAACUAAGCCACAAAGAGUAAUUGAGCUGUUAUUUGAUAGUUCCUUCAAAGCUCGUGUGCAAUGCAAUAGUCCAGACAGUCCUGUUUCUCAUGAUUGCACGAAGCCACUCUGUUAUUGGGCGACCACAACAGACAAGCCAGAAACAUUGCAGAGGCCAGAGGAGCCCUCCAAGGUCCAUAGGAGGUCUUCCACCUCAGUCUGGAUUACCUGGUAGAAGAAUCCACUGGUCUAUUUUCUGAAGAGAACACGUUUUUGUUUUUGUUUUUGUUUUUCUCCUAAAAAAAGUCAUAUGAUUUGUAAAAAGCCAUUUGCUUUAAUUAGAAAGUAGUCAUUUAUCUCUGCAAUUUAUUCACUCAGAUUCUAUAAAAAUCUGAACAGAUUGUGCAACUUUGACCUUACAUAAAACACUGAAAACAAUUGGAACUGAAAAGUUAAAUCAUUUUUCCUCCCUUUUGUGUUUUGGUAAGAAGCUGAAAAAUAUCCCUUGAUGUGUGCGUUGUCUUUGUCCUAGAUAAAACCACCAUUAGCCUUAAUGAUACGGUCUCCCAUGUACCUAAAAGAAAAUAACGUGGAGAAGAGUAUAAAUAAAACAUAUAUACAAUACUUAAAUAACUACUCCUCCCUAGAACAUAUUUGAAUUGUAUAUUUA